AUGGGGAGGCCGAUGUUCUUGCCUGCAGGUAGCUAUCCCCAGAACCUCUUUGCGCAGCCCCAGGUGGAUGAGAUGGGGAGGCCGAGGGUCUUGCCUGCAGGUAGCUAUCCCCACGUCUCCUGGGCAGCCCCAGGCCAGGAAGGGCAGGGCAGCCCCAGCCUUGCCCCCAAAGUCAGCUUCCAGGAGAACAACAUCACGUACCAGCUCUGCCUGGACAUGGCUGGGUUUUUGGCGGACGAGCUGACCGUGAAGAUGGACGGGAGGAAGCUGACGGUGUCCGGGAAGCACAAGAAGAAGACCAGGUCGGAAGACGACCUCAUUUUCCACGAUCACAGAGAGGUCCUCAGGGAAGUUCUCCUGCCGGAAGAUGCCGAUCUCGACGCCGUGACCUGCACCUUGACCCACGACGGGAAGCUCUGCUUCCAGGUCCCACGCAAGGCCCCGACUGCUUCCCAAGCGUUCCUGAACGUGUGGGUGCUGACUAAGAAUUGGCAGUACACCAGAUUGACUGCUUAG